AUGUCCACAUCGACACAGCCAACCACCCUCGAACCUUCCCAUGCGGACAGUACGCCGUCAAUCACUCCUGCCAACGCCCCGAGAGAUACAGCCACUGCUAUGACCUACGUGACUCGUCUAGGUACUCCCUCCGAUGCUGAGCAGAUCUCAAAGCUAGUAGGAACCACCUGGUCAGAUCUAUUCGGAUGGUCAGUCUCACCUCAAGAUUUAGAUACAUAUAUCAACAUCACUCUCUCACCAUCAAGCUUCGAGUCGGAACUUGCACAAAGCGAUAAACAUUAUUUCAUCUGUGCCGCUUCAUCAUCUUCGAACGAUAUCCAAGAAGAGAUAUUAGGUGUCGCUCAACUAGUGCAGAAUCCUACGCCGCCCAUGGACAUACCCAAUUCAAUCGAAUUACAAAGAUUGUAUGCCCACCCUUCAACACAUGGUACGGGACUUGGUCAAAUGCUAAUCACCAAAUCGAAGGAGAAGGCCAGAGAGUUAGGGAAGAGUAAAAUAUGGUUGGGUGUAUGGGAAGGCAAUGAGAGAGGGAAGAGGUUUUACGAGAAGAUGGGUUUCGAGACAGUAGGGGAAAAGGUGUUUUAUGCGGGGGAAUCAAAGAGGAGGGAUCUUAUCAUGUGUAUAGAAAUUUGA